AUGUCCGCGAUCGCGCGCCGCGGGUUCGCCGCCCCGGCGACCGCCCUCGCGCCCGGCCCCGCCGCGACUCGCGCCAGACGCGUGAAGGCGAUGAUAACGUCCGCCAAGAAUGCUGGCUCGCCGAUGAGCCGCCGUUCGCGUCUCGCCCUCCCCCGAGGCGGACUCGUCCUCGGCGUCCCGCGCGAACGGCCGCCGCCGCUCGCGGCCCAGCGUCGUCGCAUCCGCGUGGCCCCCAACGCCGCGUCCGCGGACGCCCUCCACGCCCCGCCCGCCGAGCCCGAGCGGCGCGAGGAGGACGACCGCCGCGAGCGCACGGCGGCAGCACGCCUGGACGGCGAGAGACGCGUCGCGAACGAGCACGACGACCCGGCGUCGCGCCGCGUCCGCUACGCGUAUCUCGCGGCCAUGGUCCUCGCCACCGCCACCGCCGUCGCCGUCUCGUGGCUCGUCGCCCCCGAGCUGCCCGCGGCCAUCGUCCCGCUCAUGCCCCGCGGGCUCGACUGCCUGGACUGGACCGCCGCGCCCGGCGCGUUCGUCAGGUUUGUAGAUUACUACGGCACCGCGGUGUUUGCGCAGGCGGGCGUCGUGACCGCGGGCGCGGCGGGGAUGAACUUCCUCGGGUGCCUCGUCGUCGGGUGCAUCACGGCGAUGGGCGGCGGGUCGUUCCGCGGGUUCGUGCUGGGAGAGCAGGUGUUCUGGGCGCAGGAGCCCGAGUACGUGUACAUAUCGCUCGCCGCGUCGGUGCUCACGUUCUUCUUCUGGCCCGCGCUCGAGCGUUUGUUCGCCAAAGCGGGCAAGUCGAACGUACUGGAGAGUUCGCUGAACUGGCUGGACGCGCUCGCCAUCGGGGGUUUCUGCGUCAUCGGCGCCAACAACGGCCUGAGAGCCGCGGCGGGUGACCCGGUGGUCGCCGUCGCGUGCGGCAUGUUCACCGCGUCAUUCGGCGGGAUCAUGCGAGACACGCUCUGCGCGAUGCCGGCGCGGAUACUGCACUCGCACCAGGAGGCGUACGCGUCCUGCACCAGCAUCGGCGCCGCGACGUUCGUCACGUUGUCCGCGCUGAACGUGAACCCGUGGGUGAGGUGUCUCGCGCCGAUGGCGGUCGUGGUGGCGCUGCGGUGGUUGGCGUGGUCCAAGGGUCUCCGUUUGCCGACGUACGGGACCCGCGCCGAGUGA